AUGGCUACCACCCAAGAAAAGGCGACCGCCGCCGGCAUCGCCUUCCCUGAGAAGGCUGCCUUCACCACCACCACCGAGGGCAUCUCCUCCGCGAACUUGACACCCGUUCCCACGACGACCCCCGAGAAAAGCCUCGACCUCCACCGCGACAGCAACCUGUCCACCCCACGAUCCUACCGCAACGAGAACCCCUUUGACACCGACAUCGAAGCCAUGAUCACUAGCACUUCCUCGUCCGACCCUUACGCCAUGAAGACCAUCACAACCACAAAAGCAGACUGCCCCACGAUAUGGCCGGGGAAGCAGGACUGGAAGGCGAGGGCAAAGGCUGCCAAGCGGGACCGAAACUCGUGCGCUUGCAUGGCAAAGAUGAGCAAGAAGAACCGCAUCAUCAUGAAGGUCGCCAUCGGCCUUCUCGUCGUGGGCGUGGGUGUGGGCGUCGGCUUCGGAGUCAGCAAGCCCCUCGGCGCGCCGAUCUGGGGCGAUACCAGCAGCAACAGGUCAUGA